AUGAGCCGCUCAUCUACCGAAACAUGCUGGACUUGUCGGGUUCGCAAGAAGAAAUGCGACAGAAAACGGCCCACCUGCAGCGCCUGUCAUUCACUUGACAUUACGUGCUACAAUGGCAACAACCGUCCAAGCUGGGUUGAUAAUGAUCUCGAACGAGAUCAAUUCGCGGAUCGAAUCAAAGCGCAGAUCAAAGAAAAAGCAGAAUGCCGUCGCGAAAAGAGUUAUAUAAAAGUCCUGCCGCUCGGAAGGGUGAGGAAGCCAAAGAUGGACUCAACUGCAGCUGGUCGCGUGGUCAAAAAGAGUCAGCCCAAGCACAAUAUUCAAGCCCAGGAGGGAGCUCUCACGGAACUAUCUUGCUAUGGAUGUUCCAAGAUUGGCUUGUCACCAGCUGGAAGCGGCCAGUCUGAAAGUCUUUCCGACAACCCUGCUCUACUCGGAAUCAGCAACGAUAUUGACACUGAUCUCGAGAUUACGUUUUUGGACUACGUUUUCCCUUUCCUGUUCCCAUUCUACCGCCCCUCCAUUUUUAAAGGAGGACGCGGCUGGCUGCUGGCAACACUCAGAAAGAGCAUGCCACUCUUCCAUACGGCUAUGGGCUUCAGCACAUACUUUUUUAUCUUGAUCAUGACGGACAUCGCAAAUGGAGAGCACGAAGUAUGUAAAGGACUCGUUGAAGGGAAACUCAUAGCUCAUGUCGAUACCGCAAUCAAGGCUAUGAAACAAGGAAUAGAAGAUCUGGCAGCGUGUGGAGAACUUGCUUCGGCCGAAGAAAAGGCGCACCUCAUGGAAGGUGUUGUACAGCUUCUGGUGUUUGAGACAAACAUUUCAGCAACCAAUGAAUGGGGUAUCCAUCUUAACGCCGCAGUGUCUCUUUUUAAAGAGAUAUUUGAGCAAUACGGCCCUCAAGAUGGCGGAAUGGAUCUCGACUCGGUAUUGGACGGAAUGCGGAAAACUGGAUGGUCAGCGGUGAGUUCGUCACACAGAAUUUUCAAUCCAGCUCAGGGUGCUUUCAUGUUUUACGCCGCUGUCAUCAUAUUUGCAGACAUCAUCUCUGCAACGAUUCUUGGAGAUGCUCCAAUGUUGCGGGACUAUCAUUCACUCCUGAUUAAUGACGGAUGCGAGCCAGCGGACUCGCGUCGCCUAUUGUUAGACUUGGAAGAUUCCGUAGGCUGCAAAAGCUGGAUUCUCCUCUUGAUUGCCGAUAUUGCUUCCUUAGUAGAAGGCAAAAAGCAGGGACGAGUAUUUCGCGACGAUUUGCUCGUUGAAGGCAACAGGAUAGCUGAAAAACUCCAGCAUGGGAUAACCAACCUCAAGAAUAACCCGGGAAAGCCUGUGGCUAAAAUGGGUUCCUUUCAGGCUUAUUCUAACCCUGAAGCUAUAUCGCAAACGAUUGAUCCCACCUCGUAUAGUUUGAUAUGGGCACAUGCAACGGUUCUUUACCUGUUUGUUACUACUUCCGGGUGGCAAGAACAGCACCAGAUUAUACAAGAAAAUGUCGCAUCCGCUAUCCAACUCCUCGAUAAGACUUAUUCCCCGGGAAUUUUACGCAGCCUCGCUUGGCCGUUUUGUGUCGUUGGAUGCCUUGCCUCCACUGACCAAGAAGAAACUUUCCGAAGAAUUGCUUCCAGAAUGGGGAAUUUGUCGGCAUUUGGCACGCUCUUUGAAGCGCUGAGGAUUAUGGAGCAAGUUUGGCUCACUCGUGGGGGGAGAGAUGUGGAAAACUGGGAUUUCACUUAUUGCUUCCGUAUACUAAGCUCAAUACCUCUACUUAUCUAA